UCAAAAGUUAUUUUGAAUUGAUUGUAAAAAAUACAAUGAACCUUGAAAACCGUUAUCCGGUCUCAGCUUCGUUGUUCAUGUUGAGGGAAAUAAAGAAUCGCCAGGAAAAAGUAAAUCGAGGGUACCAACUUUUAAAAAGGAAGGCCGACGCUCUGAGAAUUCGUGGGCGGCAAGCUGCGAGCGAACUGGCGACGACUCAGGCUAUUCUGGGCCAUACAUUGAGAGAGGCGUACAUAUCCCUCGCUGCUAUCAAGUUUACAAAUGGAGAGUCUAACGCUUUAGUGCUUGAAAACGUGGGCGAGGCACAAAUACGAGUCGAACGAGUGCCCGAGAACAUAUCAGGAGUAUCCACAGUCUCUCUCCAAGUGAUAGAAGACGCCACUGCAACCGACGCGCUUCGCUACGCGGGGCUAGGAGCGGGGGGUCACCGCACCACGGAGACCAAGAAAGCUUUCCGCGAUGCUGUCAAAAUAUUGAUCAAGUUUGCGUCACUGCGAAACACUUGUGUACUGCUCGAUGAGGCUAUUAAAACCACGCUAAGAAAAGUAAAUGGCAUCGAAAAAGUUAUCAUUCCCAAAUUACGUAACACUGAAAAUUAUAUUCUAACCGAAAUGGACGAAAGGGAAAGAGAAGAAUUCCAUCGCCUGAAAAUGGUCAAAGCAAAGAAGAAUAUGUCUCGGAUGUUGCCUAAAAUUAAAACUAUUAGAAGACCAGUUUGCGGGGAUAUUGGUGAGAAUGAUAAUAUCUACAACCAUAGUCAAACCGUCUUCCGAAAAUAGAAUAUCUAUACCUACUACAAGAACUUUAACGGUAUGUUUUGUAGACAAUUCUUCAGUCCCGUCCAUUUCACAAGACGACUCGUUGGAAUGCAUCGCCAACUUGUGUCCGAGCACGGUUUCUGCGACUACCAUCUCAGGGGGAGACUUCAAACCGGUCUGCUAUCCACAUAACUGGGAUGAUGAAGAU